CAGGGUGCAGGGGCUAGGGGUUGAGUCACUGCUGUCCCCAGCCAGCCUGGUGGGGUCUGCAGGCUCAUUGGGGCGUGAUGCCUGUUGUCCAGACCCCCAUGCCCAGUGCCUCCCUGCCAGGCCCCCAGCACAGGGCCCCAGCUCCAAGUCCAUCCACCCAGCCCCAGGCAUGGAGAGCUACUCGCAGCCCCCCACGUCCUCUCCUCAGCCUCUCCUGCGGUCCUGCCCCCCAACACUGUGUGGUGGCUCCCCUAGUCUGUGACCCAAAGUUAGAGUCACUGCUGGGGCAGGAGACGAGGCAGAGCUGGAAGGCCUCCGGGGACUCUCAGAGAGGCUGGGGACAGCUGGCCCAUCCUCCUGUGUCCCUGCCCCUCAUGGAAGGAGGAGGGAGGAGGAAGGGGUGGCUCUGAAGUUGGGGGCUCUGGCCCACUCUGGCAGGCCGAGCCUCCAUGAGGACAAAGGGCCCCCUGGUGGGGUCGGUGUGGUCUCAGGACUAGACGGGAUGACACCUGGCUUUUGUUGGGAACACCACCCGCCUGUCAGACAGGGUCUGAGAUGCUGUCACCCCCACCCCUGCUGUCUGCAACACUCCAAAGCCCUGGUUCCCGCCCUCUCCCCAGCUGUGUUGGGCUGGGCCUAGGGUGCCUGCCUGCCCCUUGCUGGGGGGACAUCUGAGCCCUCUGGGCCUGGCGCCAGGGCCUGAGUCGCUGACAGGGGCGGAGAAGUCUAGGGGGCCUGUCCUGCUGUCAGCGCCCAUGAUGGAUGAGGGGCCAGAGCUAGACUCCUGCCACAGGGGGAGGUGGGGGUGACCCCCCAGGGUCUGCAGGCAGAGCCUCUGCCUCUCACAGCUGGGGGGCCUGGGCGAGGGUCCCCACCCAGCCAGGGGUGUUUAAAGGCCCAAAGGGCGUGGGCCCUCCCACUCUCCCUAGAGUCAUGGGCGCCUGGGCCUUCCCCACAGCCCUUUUCCUUCUCUGCCUGACUUCCGAUAGCCUGCAAGGGCUGCCCCUUCUGCCUCCUGGCCUGGGGAAAGUCUAUGGCCCCCACAGUGGCCUGGGAGCAGGCUAUGAUGGGGGCGUGAAGCCACAGAAGCCAGGAUUCGUGGUCAGGCAUGGGCUGGGAACCCAGCCAGGGUUCAGGACCUUCGCAGGUGCUGCAGCCCAGCCAGGAUAUGGAAACGGGCUGGGAGCAGCGGCCUUCCCAGUGGCCGGAGCCCAGUCAGGGGAGGAAACGUCGGGAUUGGGGAGCAGAAGUGGUUUGGGCGCUGGCACUCUUCCAGGGGCAGGAACCCCACCAGGAUACAACAAUGGAAACGGACCGGGAACCCAGCCAGGUCCUGCCGCUCAAAAUGGCUUUGGACCAGGCUUUGGAGGGGGUGGAAAACCCCAGAAGCCAGGCCCCACCACUCAAAAUGGCUAUAGACCAGGCUAUGUGGGGGCCGUCAAACCCCAGAAGCCAGGAUUCCAGUACAGAAUUGGGCUGGGAGCCCAGCCAGGCUUUAGAGGGGACAUGAAGGCACAGGAGCCAGUCUUGACAGCCCAGAACGGAUUUGGAUUUGGAGCAGGCCUUGGAGGGAAUGUGAAGCCUCUGAAGCCAGAAUAUGGCCAUGGAAAUGGACCGGGAGUCCAGCCAGGCCUAGGAGCGGGGAUGAAGCCUCAGAUGCCAGGCUAUUUGGGGGUUAUGAAGGCCCAGAAGCCAGGUGCUGGAGAGGGCAUGAAACCUCAGAAGCCAGGCCUGCGAGGGACCUUGAAGCCUCAGAAGUCAGGACACGGCCAUGAAAAUGGGCCCUGGCCAGGUCCCUGCAAUGCAAGGGUCGCUCCGAUGCUCCUCCCCAGGCUUCCCACUCCAGGGGUCCCUUCGGACAAAGAGGGUGGCUGGGGCCUGAAAUCCCAGCCCCCUUCCGCAGUGCAGAAUGGCAAGUUACCAGGGCACCAGCCUCCAAAUGGCUAUGGACCGGGAGCAGAACCAGGUUUUAAUGGUGGCCUCGAGCCACAGAAAAUUGGGCAGGCCGGGGUGCUGUGGAACUCUCGCUGGCCCACCCUCCAGGCCUGGGGAGCCGGCUUCAAGCCUGGAUAUCAGGCUGGAGAUGAAUAUGCUGAGGCCAGGAGCCAGCCAGGUAACGGGAUGCCUGGAUGAGUGUGUUGGGGCCAUUAGAGGUGGCUUCAGGGAACUGGGCCCUGGGCCCAGGUCUACCCACAGCCCCACAGAGAUGGAAGGUACAGCCCUCUUGGCGGAGGGGAUGGAGUGAGUGAGAAGAGGCCAGGAGGGCAUAGGCAGGAAGGAGCAGGAAGGAAUGGAGCUGGAGGAGAGGCCAGAAGAGCCCGGGACCCUGAGAGCCAGCCCAGACACUGGACCAAGAUGGGGAGGUGAUGGAGUUGGGAACGAGGGCCAUCAUGGACUCAGUUCUCCACACUCUGUCCCUCUCCCCCGGGUCCUCUGAGAAACUGAGGCAGAGCUGAGCCCUGGGCCCUCCGGGGAGG